AUGUGCGCCGAUACGCCUGAACAAACCGUCGAAUAUAAAGACACCCUGAACCUGCCCAAAACCGAUUUCCCCAUGCGCGCAGGCCUGCCCAAGCGCGAGCCAAACUGGCUGGAUCGCUGGAGCAAACUCGGGGUGUAUGACCGCCUGCGUGAAAAGGGCGAAGGACGUGAACCUUUCAUCCUGCACGAUGGUCCCCCCUAUGCGAACGGCCAUCUGCACAUCGGUCACGCGCUGAACAAAACCAUCAAAGACAUGGUCGUGCGGUCCCAUCAGAUGAUGGGCCAUGAUGCGCGUUAUGUGCCGGGCUGGGAUUGUCACGGUCUGCCGAUUGAAUGGAAAAUCGAAGAGCAAUACCGCAAAAAAGGCAAAAACAAAGACGAGGUCAAUAUCGUUGAUUUUCGUCAGGAAUGCCGCAAGUUCGCGGAAGGCUGGAUCGACAUCCAGCGCGACGAAUUCAAACGUCUGGGCAUCACAGGCAACUGGGCGGAUCCUUACAUCACCAUGGAUUACCAUGCUGAGGCUGUGAUCGCCGACGAAUUCAUGAAGUUCCUGAUGAACGGCACGCUGUAUCAGGGUUCCAAACCUGUGAUGUGGUCCCCGGUUGAGAAAACCGCUCUGGCCGAAGCCGAGGUUGAGUACCACGACAAAGAAAGCUUCACGAUCUGGGUGAAGUUUAAGGUUGUCGAGGCUGCCGUGGAUCCAAAAUCGUCUUUGACACAGCCGAUCGAUAGCGAUCUGCUUGGGGCACAUGUGGUCAUCUGGACCACAACACCAUGGACAAUCCCAUCCAAUAAAGCCGUGGUUUAUGGUAGCAAUGGCGAAUGGGAUGACAUCCGUGAUUUCCGCGCCGCUGACUUUGUGACCGACACGGAAGGCACAGGUUUUGUGCACUGCGCGCCAAGCCACGGUAUGGAGGAAUUCGAACUUUACCGUGAUCUGAACAUGCUGGAACAGGUCAUCACCUAUAACGUCAUGGAUGACGGUGGCUUCCGCGCGGAUCUGCCGUUCUUUGGUGGCAAGUUCAUCCUUGAUCGCAAGGGCAAGGAAGGCAACGCCAACAAAACCGUCAUCGACAAGCUGGUUGAGGUCGGCGGCUUGCUGGCGCGUGGCAAGAUCAAACACAGCUAUCCGCAUUCCUGGCGCUCCAAAGCCCCGAUUAUCUACCGCAACACGCCGCAGUGGUUUGCAAGCGUGGAUCGUAAGCUGGAUGAUGGUAUGGGCGAAAUGGGUGACAGCAUCCGUGAACGCGCGCUCAAUUCCAUCGAUCAGCUGGUGAAAUGGUGGCCACAAUCCGGCCGUAACCGCCUGCAUUCCAUGAUCGAAGCACGUCCUGACUGGGUUCUGUCUCGUCAACGUGCCUGGGGUGUGCCUCUGACAUGUUUCACCAAAAAAGAUGCACUGCCAACUGAUGCGGAUUACAUCCUGCGCAGUGCUGAUCUGAACGCCCGUAUCAAAGCGGCGUUUGAAGUCGAUGGUGCUGACGUCUGGUACACCGAUGGGUUCAAGGAAAAGAUGCUGGACGGUAUUGCGAACCCUGAGGAAUAUGAUCAGGUCUAUGACGUGCUGGACGUGUGGUUUGACUCAGGUUCCACCCACGCCUUUGUGCAGCGUGACCGUGAAGAUGGCGCGCCGGAUGGCAUCGCUGAUGUCUAUCUGGAAGGCACCGACCAACACCGUGGCUGGUUCCAUUCGUCGCUGCUGCAGGCUUCCGGUACCAAGGGCCGCGCACCGUAUAAAAACGUUGUGACACACGGGUUUACCCUGGAUGAAAAGGGCAUGAAAAUGUCCAAAUCCCUGGGCAACACCAUCGUGCCUGAAACUGUGGUCAAACAAUAUGGCGCGGAUAUUCUGCGUCUUUGGGUGGCCCAGACCGAUUACACCGCCGAUCAGCGCAUUGGGCCUGAAAUCCUGAAAGGUGUGGCCGACAGCUAUCGUCGUCUGCGCAACACCAUGCGCUUUAUGCUGGGUGCGCUGGAUGCACAUGACGCGGAUAAAAACGUGGCGGCUGCGGAUAUGCCGGAACUGGAACGCUGGGUUCUGCAUCGUCUGGCCGAACUGGAUCACCAGGUGCGUCAGGGCUAUCGCACCUUUGAUUUCCAGGGCGUCUUCCGCGCGGUGUUUGAAUUCGCGACCCAGGAUCUGUCCGCUUUCUACUUCGACAUCCGCAAGGAUGCGCUCUACUGCGACGGCGACAGCAACACCCGUUUCGCGGCGCUGACCGUGAUGGACAUCCUGCACGCACGUCUGACCACCUGGCUGGCCCCGAUCCUGUGUUUCACCAUGGAAGAGGUCUGGCUGGAACGUCACCCGGGCGAGGACAGCUCUGUGCAUCUGGUUGAUAUGCCAGACACCCCUGCGGACUGGCUGGAUGAACCCCUGGCCGCGAAAUGGGCCGAGAUGCGCAAGGUGCGCCGUGUCGUGACCGCAGCGCUGGAAGUGCAGCGGACCGAUAAAGUCAUCGGUGCGUCGCUUGAGGCGGCCCCAGUCGUGCAUAUCCGCGAUGAAGACGUGCUGGCCCUGGUGCAAUCCGUUGACUUCGCAGACAUGUGUAUCACAUCCUCCAUCACCCUGACCGGCGACCCAAGCCCGGCCGAGGCCUUCCGCCUGCCGGAAACCGAAGGCGUGGGCGUGGUGUUUGAGAAAGCCGAUGGCGACAAAUGCCAACGCUGCUGGAAGAUCCUGCCAGACGUCGGCACCCACAGCCACCCG